CAGUCCAAAGCCCAGUGCAAACCAGCCAAACACUCCGCAUCGGGCAAUAACGCAUCGCGAUCGAUUUUGAAGAAACGCCUGCAGCUCCCCUUCAUCCAGCACAGACAGACUCCAGAGCAUGGGAUACUCCCAUCCGACUGAUCCGACACGUCCCUGACUCCUACUAUCCGGCCAGUCCGCCCAUCCCGCGCCGUGAGGGUCAAUGGCCUUUCUCCUCCCGCGGGGCAUCACGCCCCCGGAGAUCUCCUUCCUGGCCGAGAUGGAGAUGGUCACCAUUCUACCUCGUCAGCGUCUCGAGGGACUUGAGCUCCUGGGGGGCCCGGUCGAACCCCUCCUACCCCCCCGACGCGCCUCCCUCCCCCUCUGGCUCGCCCUCCUCCUCAAACGCCAACGCCGCGCCAACAUCCUUCCCCCACCAUGGCUACACCCGGAAUCCCUCGAACUCAUCCUAGAAAUUGAGACCAAAAACGACGAAUACCAGCACGCGUUCUCCCCUCCCCCACCACUCCCCGGCCAACCCACACCCCGAGACCGUCGACCACCCAUAGCUGCACCGCGCUACACCCCCUCCGGCCAGAAAUACUACGCCGCCCCACCUUUCCUACCCCAGAAUGCGGCACGCGAUCAUAUCCCGCCGGGCGAGCCGCCGGCCCUGCCGUUCCAUUGGCUGGAAGUGGGGACGAUGCUGCUGGAAGCGGCGAGCGAUGAUCUGGUGGAGCCGGAUCAGACAAGGCGGCUGUUGAAGGAGUUGAGGGAGGUGCGGAUGGCGAAGAUCCGGUCGGGCGUGGAUGUGUUGGAUGCGGCGGCGAUGGGGGGCGGUGGGGUUGCGUUGACGGGCGUUGGAGCGAUGGAGCUGGGCGAGGAGAGGAGGUUCAUUACGGGGGUUGUGGAUGGGCUUAGGCGGAUUGGAGCGUCGAAAGAACAGGCUCGUCGGGAGGAAAUGGCUGAGGAGAUGGCGAAUGGCGGGUAUGACGGUACACAGGACUAUGAGGAUGAUGAAAUGGAGUUUUAGAUCGACAUAUCAGAGGUCUUUUCGCGUUGUUUGUUGUUUCAUGGACGGAGUUCUCGGGCAGGAUAUAUUGGCAUGCGCAUACAUGGACGUUCAGAUGUAUAUAUACCCUAUAUCAAUGAUGGAUUGGUUGGCGAGUGAAGGUCAUUCUAGUGGUAGUCCAUUCAUUCCACCUAUCAAACACCAUCCGCAUGCGACGCU